GUCAAACGGAAGGUACUAAAAACUUUUAUCCAAAUAUAAAAGAUCGAAUUAUUUUACAUUUGAAAAAAUGUGUACAUUUUAUUGCUGAAACCACCGCUGAAGAAAGAAAGGAAAUUUUUAGCCUAGUUGAUACUCCCACAAGAG